AUGAAAAUCCCGGCGAUACUACUGCACUGCCUGACGGCCUGUGCCCAUGCCGCGUAUCACUUCCCACGAGGUAGCCACGAAGCCAAUGUGCAAGAACAGCUCGCACUACUUCUGUCUGAAGAUGCGGUGAUCAGUUUUCCGUCCUCCCCAGACUGGGACGGACUGAUCGAGAGGGCGUCGACGCCACGCGUAGCGCCCGGUUUUCUCGCUGUUGUUGAAGUUGCUACAGAGAAGGACGUUCAACAGACGAUCAAGGUCGCCAACAAGCUGAACUUGCCUUUCUUGGCUGUCACUGGCUCGCACGGCUGGACCACGGCCCUGGAAAGAGUCAAGUAUGGCAUCCAGAUCAACAUGCGCAGACUGAACUCGUCCACUCUUCAUGAAGACGGUGAAAGCGCAACAGUCGGUGGCGGCAUCAUGCAGCACGAGAUCGUCGCAGCUCUGGCGGAACACGGGAAGCAAGCUGGCCCCCUGCUCGGUGGUGGUCACAGCCUGCUGCAGGCCAAAUACGGUUUCGCAGCUGAUAACAUUCUCUCCGCCCGGGUUGUGCUCGCAGAUGGCGCCGUAGUGACGGCUUCCGAAUCGGAGAAUACUGAUCUCUUCUGGGCUUUGCGAGGGGCCGGCCACAAUUUUGGUAUUGUCACGAGCUUCGAGGUCAAGACAACCGAUGUGGCUAAGGGGGGAUGGACGAUGGUGACCUUUACCUUCAGCCAAGACAGACUAGAGGAGUUCUUUGACACGUGGAAUCAGCUCGAAGUUGAGCAUGAGGAUCCGGGUAUGCUUGUUCUCAAUGGUGUGAUGGCCCGUGAUCCGUCAGUCGGUACGGAACAUCCCGUCAUCAAUCUUCAGAUCUUCCACGACGAUACACCAACGUCCAUCGACGCCUACGUCGCAGCCUUUCGUGAGCUGUCGCCCAUUGCUGAAUCGAACACAACCAACAUCCCAUACGGCGACAUCUACGAAGUCGGCGGUUUAGGACUGUCAAGCCCAGUCUGUCGCAAAAACGAAAACAUUCUUGGCUACCCCAACUCGUUCCUGCAAUGGGAUGGCGCGUCAAUCAGGCGAGGGUUCAACAUCUUCUCCGAAUUGACAUCUAGGGAACCCUUCAUGACGUCUGCUUGGCUCCUGGAGUCCUAUGGACGUGCAGGACCACAGUCUAUACCAGAGGGGACAACCGCCGUGGCGCCAGAGGAGCGUCGUCGCCACCUGUUGACAUCCCCCAUGCUCUGGUGGAAAGGGAACAGCGAGGAGGAUGCAGAGACGGCUCUCAAGGCCGGCAAGCAGAUUCAAGAAGCCAUCCGACCAACGCACUUCCAGCCUCACACUUACGUCAACUAUGCCUCGGGUGGUGAGCCAGUCAAGGAGACGUACGGUCAUGAGGCUUGUAGGAUGGAGAAGCUCACGGCGCUGAAGAAGAAGUGGGACCCCAGCAACCGCUUUGGGUUCUAUGCUCCCCUUGUUGAGAUCAUCUCGAGCAGCUAG